CACCAUGUGAGCCCGGAAGGCGGGGUUUAGGCCGCAGCACCGAGGGAGGUGGGAGUAGGCGGGCUCGCGCCUAGGUGCCGGAGGCGGGGCUCAUCCAGCUGGGCCAAUGAACGCACGAAGCGCUGGACGGUCGUUGGGCGCGAGGCCGGCGCAUGGCGGACGCGGCGCUGUUCGAGUUUCUGCACAUGGAGAUGGUGGCGGAGCUGUGGGCGCACCACUCCGACCCUGGCCCUGGGGCUUUGUGGAGGAAGACACACAGGCUUUGAUGGACGGACUGCUCGCUCUCAAGUGGCAGAGUGAGGAAUGUGGAGCUACGCCUCCCGCCUCCGAAGCCUGUGCUGUAAACGCUGGCCCGCAUUUCCCGGCGUGUCUUCCCUCACGCUCGCCAGGAGGAUUUUUAAUGGGUUUCUGUGGUCGAGCAGGUGUGGGAAAUAUUGGGGUUACUCAGGGGUGCUCACCACGGGCUUUCAAAGCACAUCAACGUGCCAGAGACCCAGCUGCCCCAGGAAGGCCCAUGCCGGGGUCCUGCCCCCCAGCUCCAGGGUGGUUCCUGGGUGCAGCCAGGGGUGAGGACUCUGACGGUUCCCCCACCUCCCCUCUGCCCGGGAGCCCCGCUUUCAGGGGGCAACGUCAAGAGAACUGCUGUUUUCUCAGCCCUUCCUCUUCCACUCCCGGCCCUUCCUCCCUCUUCCUCUUUCUGUUCCUUCUCUCUGGUCCAACACGUGUCCUGUCUGAACCAGAUGCAGGCCUCCUGUCGGGUACUUCUGGUGUCCCCAGUACAGUAUUUUGUCAGAGUUUGUCCCCAGAACAGCCUUGCGAAGCCGACCUUAUCGUCCCAUUUUACAGAGGAGGGACUGAGGCGCCAGAGGGGUAUUUCCCCAGGGUGCACAGCAGCGAUAAUCAGAGGGGAAAUCAGGACUCAGGCUUCUGGCUCCAGAACUUGUCUGUGGCUUCAGGUCUGUCCCUUCCAGCAGGCGCCAAAUUCCUUGAGCACAGGGAUGGUGGCUCGUUCAUCUGUCCCCGCAGCACACACGCCCAGGAGCUCUGGGGCUCCCCACAUCCUGCCUGGUAUGGUGGUUACCUGGGACUGUUGAAUGGGUUUUUCUGGAUGGUUACAGGUGGGAUGGAAGACUAGCCAGAGGAGCCAGGAGGUCAAAGGGCCUUUGUUAUCAAAGCAGGAAAAACUUGGGGAGGAAGAGGUCCCUGUGGUUUCUCCACCCCAGCAGCUUUGAAGAUAAGGGGGGCCUGGGGCAAAGGAGUUAAUGCCUCUGCACACCAAGGAGCCUCAGUCACCUACCUCUGUGAGCCCUGGCGGCAG